CGAAAUAUCUGGGCGACGUUUCCAGAAGCGGAAGCAUUUCACGGAAGCGUUACGUUUAGACCCUCAUGGUAGGCAGGAGAAUAUCAGGUCUGUGUGUGCUUUUGGCCUUUGACGUUUAUUCGAAAAUUUUUUGCCUCGGGGGCGUUGUCUCUCACAGGGUACGUGACGUCACAGGGUAGGAAGUGGUGUCGUUAGACCUGCGGGAUUAUCGGCGGACCGCGUGGGAGAAGCCAGGUCCCUCUGCAACGGAUGCAGGUGGCAGGAUGAUCGCGGUGUCAGGUUCCGCUUCGGGAUUUCUUCUGUGGCUCAGUGACGCCGGGGUCGGCGAGGAGGUCAUCAUAUGGGAUGCCGGGGCCAGGUUUGGGAUAACCGGGGGUGUGUGUGACCAGCGUCUGCGGGCCAGCUUUGGACGCCAGGACCCCGAGUUCCACCCUCCGCAGCCGAUAAGGGAACGGAACCCGUAGCAUCCCGUAGUUUGAGUGUACGGCGGUUUCGCCCACUGUUCAUUGAACUCGUGAUUGCAGUUUGGGUUGUUACGAACCGCGAUGCUGUGAAAAUUCUUGUACGUUUCCUGCUUCAGACGUAACCUCAUUUCAGAGCCCGCGCGGGAUCUUAUGUGUCUAACUUGGACGUCUAACUUAGAGGAGGCGGGCUGAUGCCACUGCCCAGGUCAAGAAGGCACUCUGCCGGCACCCAGCGGUGUUGUGUGAGCUCCCUCUCAAUUACAUUACGUCCUCCCACCUAAAGGUCUCGAUGCCCAGGAGCAAAAGAAUCAGCUGAAAGAGGAAGAAGUUAGUUUGGGUGUCAGCAUUUCCGGGGACACACCUGACUUAAGACUUUCUAGACAGAAAUUUAGAGUGGUUCCAAAAGACACCAAGACAGAAGCUUCCUCCUUGUGAGCUGUUUUCAGAAGAAAAUAGAAGAAAAUGCUGCAGCCUCAGGAGUCCCUGACAUUUGACGAUGUGGCCGUGGACUUCACCUGGGAGGAGUGGCAGCUCCUGGCCCCCGCUCAGAAGGACCUGUACCGGGACGUGAUGUCAGAGAACUACAGCAACCUGGUGUCAGUGGGUUGUCAAGCCAGGAAACCAGACAGACUCUCCAGGCUGGAUCAGGGAGAACCACCAUGGACAAUGGCAGACGAAGUCCACUCUCGAUCCCGUUCAGGAAUCUGGAAAGUUGAUGAUCAUGUGCUAGAGCACUUCCAAGAUGGAAGCAUGGAGAACAACCUAGAACAAUGGCACGAACGUAACACAUUUGACAAUUCUGUCCGUCAGAGCAAAACUCAUUUUCUAUUACGUCAAAAUCAUGAUAUAUUUGGCUCACAUGGAGAAAGUAUGAAAUCAGAAUUAACUUUACUUAACCAGAGAAGAAAGUAUGAAACAGAGAACUGUGCUGAGCUUACUGGAGAUGGGAAAUCCUUCCUCCGUGCUAACAGUGAACUGUUUCAGAAUGGAGUGAAAUUCUCUGAAACACGAAGACUCAUUCGUACUAAGUCUCAACUCAUUAAGCAUCAGAAACCUCAGAAAAUAGAGAAGCCGCAUGUGUGCAGUGAAUGUGGAAAAGCUUUCAUGAAGAAAUCUUGGCUCACUGAUCAUCAGAUCAUUCAUACAGGAGAGAAACCCCAUCGGUGUAGUGUUUGUGGCAAAGCCUUCUCUAGAAAGUUUAUGCUCACUGAGCACCAGAGAACGCACACAGGAGAGAAACCUUACAAAUGCUCUGAAUGUGGCAAAGCCUUUCUCAAGAAGUCACGGCUCAAUAUACAUCAGAAAACACACACAGGAGAGAAACCCUUUAUAUGUGGUGACUGUGGGAAAGGCUUCAUCCAGAAGGGCAAUCUCAUUGUACAUCAGCGAAUUCAUACAGGUGAGAAACCUUAUAUUUGCACCGAAUGUGGGAAAGGUUUCAUCCAGAAGACAUGUCUCAUAGCACACCAGAGAUUUCACACAGGAAAAACCCCCUUCGUCUGCAGCGAAUGUGGAAAAUCCUGUUCCCAGAAAUCAGGUCUCAUUAAACAUCAAAGAAUUCACACAGGAGAGAAGCCCUUUGAGUGCAGCGACUGUGGGAAAGCCUUCACUACAAAGCAGAAGCUCAUUGUCCAUCAAAGAACUCACACAGGAGAGAGACCCUAUACCUGCAGUGAGUGUGGGAAAGCUUUCGCCUACAUGUCUUGCCUUGUGAAACAUAAGAGAAUACACACAAGAGAGAAACGUGGAGAUUCGGUCAAGGUGGACAAUCCUCCCUCAGAGACUUACAAGUCAUCACAAACCAGUGUUGUCCUGCAGGAGAAAAACCUUGUUAAUACGGUGACUGUGCAGGUACCUUGUGUGGUCCCUCAGACAGCACUAAAUAACAGGAACGUAGUCAUAGUGGGCCAGCCUGUGGCCAGAUGUGCGCCCUCGGGAGGAUUUGCACAGGACAGAAACCCCGUGAAUGCAGUGAGUGUGGUCACGCCUUCAGUGAUCAAUUAUGUCUUAUUUUAUGUCCCAGGAAACCAGAAGAAAAUGCCCCAGGCCCAGGAGUCCCUGACAUUUGACGAUGUGGCCGUGGACUUCACCUGGGAGGAGUGGCAGCUCCUGGCCCCCGCUCAGAAGGACCUGUACCGGGACGUGAUGUCGGAGAACUACAGCAACCUGGUGUCAGUGGGUUGUCAAGCCAAGAAACCAGACACACUCUCCAGGCUAGAUCGAGGAGAACCACCAUGGACAAUGGCAGACAGAGUCUACUCUCGAACCCGUUCAGGCAUCUGGAAAGUUGAUGAUCAUGAGCUAGAGCACUUCCAAGAUGGAAGCCUGGAGAACAACCUAGAACAAUGGCACAAACAUAACACAUUUGAUAAUUCUGUCCAUCGUAGCAAAGCUCAUUUUCUGUUAUGUCAAAAUCAUGAUGUAUUUAGCUCACGUGGAGAAAGUAUGAAAUCGAAUUUAACUUUACUUAACCAGAGCAGGAGCUAUGAAAUAGAGAACUGUGCUGAGCUUCCUGGAGAUGGGAAAUCCUUCCUCCGUGCUAACAGUGAACCAAUUGAGACCGAAGUGAAAUCCCUUGAAAGCCAAAAACUUAUCCUCACUAAGUCCCAAUUCAUCAAGCGUCAGAAAUCUCAGAAAUUAAGAAAACGUCAUGUCUGCAGUGAAUGUGGGAAAGCUUUCAUGAAGAAAUAUUUGCUCACUGAUCAUCAGAUCUUUCAUACAGGGGAGAAGCCUUAUCGGUGUAAUUCCUGUGGUAAAGCCUUCUUCAGAAAGGUCACACUAAACGAACACCGCAGAUCACACACAGGAGAGAAACCGUAUGAAUGCACUGAGUGUGGCAAAGCCUUCCUGACAAAAUCACGGCUCAAUAUACAUUAUAAGAUACAUACAGGAGAGAAGCCCUUUAUAUGCAGUGACUGUGGAAAAGCUUUCAUCCAGAAGGGCAAUCUCAUAGUACAUCUCCGGACUCAUACAGGCGAGAAACCUUAUAUAUGCACCGAAUGUGGAAAAUGUUUCAGCCAGAAGUCAUCCCUCACGACACAUCAGAGAUUUCACACAGGAGAGAAACCUUUCGAAUGCAACAACUGUGGGAAAGCCUUUAUCGGGAAGCCACAGCUUAUAGUUCAUCAGAGAAUUCAUACAGGAGAGCGGCCCUAUCGAUGUAAUGAGUGUGGAAAAUCCUUCAGAGCAAAGUCAGUCCUCAAUGAACAUCAGAAAAUUCACUCAAUCAAGGUAGAAAACCCUCCCUCGGAGAGUCACAGCUCAUCACAGACCAAUGUUAUUCUGCAGGACAAAAACCUUGUUAAUACGGUGACUGUGCAGGUGCCUUGUGUGGUCCCUCAGACAGCACUAAAUAACAGGAACGUAGUCAUAGUGGGCCAGCCUGUGGCCAGAUGUGCGCCCUCGGGAGGAUUUGCACAGGACAGAAACCCCGUGAAUGCAGUGAGUGUGGUCACGCCUUCAGUGGUCAAUUACAUCUUACUUUAUGUCCCAGGAAACCAGUAGGAGAAAGGUGAGCUGUUCUACGUGUAAAAGAUUGGAGCCAAAUUUCUAGCUCGUUUUAUGUCUGAAAAGUAAAUACUGAGAAAUCGUAUAGAUGCUGAGACUGGGAAGACCUGAUAUUCUCAUGGUAUUAACUAUGUGCAUCGAUGCAGAGGCGUAAUCUUAUGUUAACCCAAAUAUACUUAAGGUUCUCUGUCGUGUCAAAGGAACAAAAGAAGCUAAGUGGAGGAAAUAAAGUGAAUUUUUAAUGCAA